GGGGCGUCGACGAAGGCGUCGUCGUGUUGUAAAAGUGCUGCUGGUGGAGGUGAAGGGGGAGGCGCGUAGUGGUGGUGGUCAUUGUGGGUGUGCUGUCGUCGAUGAGAAUGGCGGAGGGGGAGUCGUAGUGCGCCCUGGAGAGUGUUAGGGGCCGUCGGGGUGGACAUGGAGCUGCCGCAGGCGAGCCGUGCUUGCGUGCCGCGGUGGAGGCCGACGACGGAGUUCGGGGGCCAUGGUCAGCAGCAGCAGGUGGUCUCGCAGGCGAUGGGGGUGCUGGCAGGGUUAGGAGGUAGCGCGGGGGAGUCCAAGUUCGUGAUGGACGAGGCGGUGUUGACGGAUCUGAUGGAGCUGGAGCCGUUGCACGAGCAAUUGCUGGGCGAGUCGUGGGCGGAGGGCAACUAUGGCGAUUACGGGGGGUAUUUGGCGCUCCCGGCGUCGUCCCACGGCGGCGUGUUCGCAGGCCCGGUGCCCGCGUUGGCAUCGUUGCAAGCGUUCUCGUACGCGAAUGGUAGCCUGGCGGCCAGCGUGCAGGCGUUCCAGCAGGAGCUGAUGCUGCAGCAAGCUCUGGAGUCGUCCCAGCAGCAAUCCAUCCCAGGUGCGAGCUCGUCGCAAUCGUCGUUGGCCAUGUCCAGCGCUGUGGUGUCCGGAAUGAGCAGCUACAGCGCGGCGGUCGGGGGUCGGAGUUUGAGCAGCCCUAGCCUGAGCGAGGCCGCGCACAUGCUGCUGGGCAAUCAGGGGCUGGCCGGAGUGGUGGCGAGGGAUGGCAGGGGCAUGGGAGAUUCCAGAGGGGGCGUAGAUGGUAGGAACGGGAAGGUGGAGAUCGGCGAGGGCGGCGUGGUGGACAAAGAAGACGACAAGUCGUCGGUGUCGACGGUGGAGGGCAACCCCGUGAGCAGCGGCAAUCUGGAGGCGGGCGUGCGGAGGCCCCGAAUUGCGGCGGAGCUGCCACUGCCGCUGCGCGAUCGAAUGAUGGAGGCACUUCGGCUGAUAGGGCAGUCGCUGGAGGACGUGCUGGUGCAGGUAUGGAUGCCGGUGGUGCAAGGGAGCCGGAAGUGUUUGCUGACGCGGGAGCAGCCGUUCGUGGUGGAGCCGAACAACGAGCAGCUGUGGCUGUACAGGAACAUGACGGAGGGGUACGAAUUUCCAGCGGAGAGGGCGGAGGGGAAGGUUUUGGAGCUGCCGGGGCGCGUGUUCACGGGACAGCAGGCGGAGUGGACGCCGAACGUGCAGUAUUACAGUAGCCAGGAGUACCUGCGUGUGAAGGAGGCGCAGAGGUGCGACAUACGGGGGUCUCUGGCGGUUCCAGUGCUUGACCCCGUGAGUCGCCAGUGCGUGGCUGUAAUCGAGCUGGUUGGUCGCGCUGAGAAGAUCCAGUAUGGUCCUGAUGUGGACAUCAUUGCUCGAGCUCUGCAGGCUGUGAAUUUGACAUGUCCGGUUGGCUUGGAGACUCCGCCGCUAGAGAGGUCGUCGUGGGGUAGGCAAGCCGCGCUGGCGGAGAUAGCGGAGGUGCUGAAAGGCGUGUGCGAGGCGCACAAGCUGCCCCUGGCGCAGACGUGGGUUCCCACGUACAGGUAUGGCGGUAGGGGCGACGCGAAGGCGCAGAGCCACAACGCGGUGCAGGUGAACGGAGGGCGUGGUGUGAGGAAGGUCGUGCUACGGAUAGUCGACGGAGAUGGUCCGUGUUAUGUUGGGGAGGCACGCAUGUGGGGGUUUCGACGGGCGUGUCUGGAACAUGCGUUGGAGAAGGGGCAGGGAGUGCCCGGGAAGGCGAUGCUGACGAAUCUGCCGGUUUUCGACUCGGACGUGAAGAGCUUCAGCAAGGAUGAGUAUCCGCUGGGGCAUUACGCGAAGUUGUUCGGGCUGGUGUCGGCCGUGGCGAUUCGGCUGCGGAGCGUGCACACCGGGGACGAGGACUUCAUUCUGGAGUUCUUCCUUCCGAUGGAUUGCGUGGAGAGCGAGAAGCAGCAGCAGAUGCUGAACUCGCUGUCGAUCACAAUGCAACGCAUCUGUCAGAGUCUGCGGACUCUGAGCGAGAGGGAGUUGGAGGAGGAGCGGAGAGUGGCGAUGGCGGAGAGCAUCGAGAUGCAGGCCAAGGCGGUGAAGUUGGAGGCGAAGGAGGUGUGCAACAAGGAGGACUUUCUGGCAUGGCGUGGCGGUUUCAACAGGCACGGUGGCGGGGUGAAUGGCGAGGAGACGAGCCCGGCGUUUUCGCAGGUGAUGCAGCAGCAGCACGGCGUGCAGCAAGCAGCGCGGUUCGUGCCGCAGCGUUCUGCAUUGCAGCAGUUUUCUCACGGAGUGUUGCUAGGACGAGGGCGCGACGACGGGCUUCGCAUUCCAGAGUCGCAUGUGUACCCCGGGUACCACUCGGAGCAGCUGCCUGUGGAGCAGGGGCUGGGCAUGGGAGGGUUCGGGUGCCCGGGCCUGGGGCAGGACGUGGCGAGUCAUCGACGGAGGUUUGAGAGGAGGCGGGGCACGACGGAGAAGACGAUAGGGCUGAACGUGCUGCAGCAGUACUUCGCGGGGAGCUUGAAGGACGCGGCGAAGAGCAUCGGUGUGUGUCCGACGACUCUGAAGCGGAUAUGCCGGCAGCAUGGGAUCUCCCGGUGGCCGUCUCGGAAGAUCAACAAGGUGAGCCGGUCGCUGAAGAAGUUGCAGGGGGUGAUCGAUUCGGUGCAGGGAGCGGAGGGAGCGCUGCGCAUCAGCGCGCUGACGGGCGACCUGUCGUCCGCGGCGGUGGCAGCGGCGGCCGUGAGCGGGCACAUGAACAAGGGGCUGGCGGCGUCGUCGCCGGGCAACCUGUCGGUGUCGUGGUCGACGCUUUCUCCGAGCUGCGUGGAGGGGAAGGAGGCGCACGCGAAGGUGGGAUCGGCGGAGUCGCUGCUGGGUCCCAAGGAGGAGAAUCGGCGGAGGCACGAUCCGUGCUCUUCUCAGAAGGUGCUGUUGUCGAUGCUGAAGCCGACGCUGCAGUUUCGGCCGGAGGACGACAGGGUCGUUUCGUCGCUGGAGGGGAAGGUGUUGGGCGGGAGCAACGGUGAUGAUGGGCAGGGGAGAGCGCAGGUGGACAAUGGCGACAUGUGCAGGAGCAACGACGGCAACUCGACGAGCAGCGGCGGAAGCAACCCCAAUGUGAAGGCGGGGUACGGGUCGAACGGCGGGCAUUAUUGUCCAGGGAUGAGUCCGUUGGCGUCGGGAAGCAUGUUAACAGGCGGGGACGCGGACAGGGGCGAUGACGGGGGCAAGCGCAGCGUAGGCACUGCUUUUCAGGGCGUGGGAAACGCAGGCAAAGGGAGCGGCGCGGGGAAAGGGCAGCAGGCUUCUCCUCUGGGCAGGUCAGGAGAGCAGCCGGUGCCGGGAAGGGGUGGUGCGGGGAGGGUGUCGGAUUUGGUGAGGGGCGCGACGCCGCGGGGAUGGAACGAGUCCCGGGUGCACGGCGGAGGCGGGGCGCUGGCGGCGCUGAAGGGAGGGGAUCAGCACGGGUCGCAUGGUUUUUCGGAGGACCCGGUGUCGUCGUGCAAUCGUGCGAACGACGGCGAGGAGGAGGUGACUGGGUGCGGGCUGGAGUCUCCAGGGUUCGGGUCGUCGCCGGCGAGCGAUUGCAGCUCGCCGUCGACGGGGGUGAACGGCACGUCGAACAAGAAGGCGUGGGCGGGGCAGGAGGACGGCGCGGCGAUCACGGUGAAGGUGACGCACGGGCUGGACACGGUGCGCGUGAAGUUUUCGCGGAACGGGUCGUUCGUGGAGCUGAAGGAGGAGGUGAGGCGAAGGCUGAAGCUGGUGGGGCAGAAGUUCAGCCUGAAGUAUUUGGACGACGACGAGGAAUGGAUGCUGCUGGCGUGCGACGCGGACCUGCAGGAGAGUAUCGAUCUGAUGCGCGUGUCGGGGAGGCACGCCAUCAAGCUGAUGGUCUGCAACAGCAUGUUGUGAUGGUGCGCCGUAGUGCGGUGCGCUGGCGCCGUUGGGGCACGAGUCGUCUAUGCAAAUCCCUCCGCGGAUGUGGUCGAGGUGAAGGGGACGUGGAGUCGAAUCGCGGUCUCGGGGUAGGCGACUAGGGGGAGGGUGUAGAGUGGCGAUGAUAACAAAGUUUUGCAAGUGUGUCUAAGCAAGGCGAAGCGGGGCUUGGCAGGGUAGUUGGGCGGAUAGAGAGGGGUAUUUUGAGCACUGCGCGGGAGCUGAGUGCAAAGCCCUUUUGUGCCACCGUAAGACCUUGUAGCACAUGAUUGAGGCAACGCGGCAGCGCGGGAUGUGGUGCAUUGCAAAGUACAUGAAGUGGAUGACUUGAUCCCUGUGAUAAUUUGAUGGCUCGCUCACAUUUCAGGCA